AGAGUUAUAAUGAUUUCCAAUUCCUAAAAUCAUUGUUUGCUAAAAACCAUAAUAUUUAAGCCUUUUUUAUAAAUGCAACUAAUUAAUAAUCCGAAAUUUUGUUCUGUAAAUGGAAGUCAAUAACAUUCUUUGUUUAUCGUUAACGUUUGAUUAUCGAUUAUUGAUAUUGCAAAUGAAUUUUGCAAAUUUUAUGUGAUAGAUCAAUGUAUUAUACGUCCAGGAAACAUGGAAGAUAUUAAUGCCAAAAGAAACGCCAGAAGAAGGAGAAUUUUGGAAAAUUCAGAGAAACGGUUAUUGAAAAUUACUGGUAGAGACAACGAUAAUGAAUCAAAAGUCCAGAGUAUACAUUUAGGUUCGUUCAGUCAAACAUUCACUGCUCCAGAUAUACAAAAUGAAACUUUAUAUCCAAAUAUAAAUAGCGAUAUAUCAGGUAUUGACAGUACUUCAUAUGAGACAAAAAGUUUGUCACUUCCAUUAUUAACAAAUCGCAUAAAUUAUAUAUUAUUGGCUGUUAUUGUCAAUAUUCUACUCAUAUUACAACUGGAUCAUUUAUUUGGGAAGACAAUCACAAUACCAUACUUUCUAGUAAUGCUGGGACGUUUGUACAACUAUAAGAAUACACGAGAAAUGCAAGAGAAUAAUCUACUGUAUGCUGCUUUGAUCUUAUGCAAUGUUAAGCCUGAGUUAACUUAUCAAUUAAAAAAAUUAGUAACAAUAAGUCAUAUGAUAGUUGGAGAUUUAGCUUUAUAUAUCUUCAGUUUCACAUUAAUAUAUUAUGGAUUCUUUUACUGUUUAUAUAAUACAGACAUUCCUAUUAUCUUAACCAUGUAAAUUAGAUAUGAAAUGUAAUUAAACAUAUGAUUCGUCGA